AUUCUGGGCGGAAUCCCUCAGAUUACUCGAUGGCACAACAAGGUACUAGUGCAUUUUCAGCAGAGGAUAGCUCGAGGACGAAUGGAACAAUGGAAAACGUGUCGAACUCUCAAGACCCGGUAAGUCUUCGCGGUUCGACAGCAUAGAUGUAUUUUGACGUUUGUUAAUUAUUAUCGCCGUUGAUCAGUUCCACGAAAAACCAUGAUCCGCACAACCCUACAAAACUUAACAAACCUCGAAUUGUUUAAUUUUGUGUUAAGUUGCCGAUCGUCAUCUACCUCAAGCUCGAUUUUCCCUGUGUGUGCUGGAAAUACCUUGAAGGACGUCUUCUAAAUUUUGUCAUGGAGACAGGAUUGUCCUGGUCAGACGAGACUUGCGCUGUAAAAUUACACUUUCAAAUCCUUAAAUGGUAUGUUUUAAAAAGUCCAAUGGCAAAUUAAGCUUUGCAAACUGUCGUGAAGAUUUCUUGCUUGCAUUGUGACGCACUUGCAUUUACGCGGAAAUGUUUUAAUCGCUGGCAAAAUAUGAUAUAAGGACAAACUACACCCUCGACAAGAAGUCUUUGUGUCGUAACUCUCGAUUGAUGUAACUAUAUGCUUUUCAGGUUUCUACCACUUAACGUCCAUUAGUUUCAAAGAAAUGCGGGAAAUAUUUCCCAGACUUGAGCUGCGAAGCAAAAUGUGUUGCUCAAGUAUUUCCGCUUUUCGCAAUUCUUUGCUUGUGUUUAUUCAAAUCCCCCCGAUCUUUGAGCAUUGUCGCGCGCCUUUUCUUUGUUAUUAGCGAUACCAUGGAACUGUUACAUUUGCAUUUAUCCACGAAUUCGCUAGUUUAAUUAUCUGAUUUUCCGAUGGGAGCAUAAAGAUGGAAAAAUACAAAUAGCUCAUCUUGAUCAUCCGCUACACCUGGCUGAUUUCAACGUUUGUUUUGUCUUUCAAACCCCUUGACAUGCUGUUGCGAUCACACUGGCCAAGAAAUGUUAUCAUUCCAAUUUAUCUUUAUCUCCAUAUUACGAAAAUAAAAAGCGUCUCUUCUCAUGAUUAUAAUUGAAGUAGCAUGCGGAAAAAACAGUCUCUAUCUAUGUCAUUCAAUUUACUAGACGGGUAUCGAAUGUCUAGUAUGUGCAGCACAAAUAAUAUUCAUUACAAUUCAGUAUUCAUUACCGAAAAGCUGUAGACGUCCGGUGGUAUUGCAGAAGUAGUGGUUGAGUACAUAUAUAAUUGUUUAUAUCUUUAUCGCUCAAGUUGCCACUUAAUUUGAAUGGAACACGUUCCGGAAUAUAUUUGCAAGCUGUGUGGAAGCUCAUUUCCACCACAAGAUGUAUAUCAGGUUUGAAAUCACAAACAUUCUUCUACAUGUCAAAACAAUAAGCAGCUCGAUUACGCAGUGCUUAUAAAAUUCGUUUAGAUUUAUUCAUAAUAGAAAUACAAGCAGAAAAAUUUUACAUACCUAAUAAAGUGUAAGUUUCUGGAGAGAGAUUCUGCAAUCAUUGUUAAAAUCCAGAACUGAAGCUUAAAUGCCAUGAUUUGUUUAUUAGUGUAUUAUCAGAUGCCGUCUGGAAAAUGAUAUUCAAUUCACGCCAACUACUUCACUUAGUACUUGCCACACUGAAUAGCUAGUCACAUACUUCUUUAACCAACCCCACGACAAUCAUUUAAACAAUAUUUCCAUAAUCUGCUGAAUUUUUGGACCAGAAUCUACUUGAUGUCCAUUUUUAGAGAAGUGAAUUGUAUUAUUCUGGAAGGGGCUCAUCAGAUUUAAUGAAAUUGUAUUUAAAGGGGGUGGGGGAGGGGGGUGGUGAAAGAAGAAUCUUCUUUUCAGGCCAGACUUUUCCAUAAUUUUAAAUACAACUAUUUCCAGAAAUUCUCGGGUGAAGGAAGUACACUAUCAAUCGUUUUGUGAAAGAAACUAAGAGUAAAGUUUGUGUCACUGUUCGGAUUGUGGGAUCUUGAGUGGAUCUAACCGGAUCCAAGCUAAACUGUUAAUCUCUUAAACCUGCAGUUAUGGCAAAAACUUAACUUAAAUGACAAAAUGGUCAUAACUUUGCAUUAAAGUACUUUGAUUAUGCAGAAAAUUGCAUUCCCGAGAACACAGUAAAUUAUUUUCAAACAAUUGCGAGGGGAGCACGCCUUCAGACCCACCUUAGCAUGACUGUGUAUUAACCCUGAGUGAUUGUUUUUGAGUCAUUCUUGCCACCUGUAGUCAAUCAGCUUUUAUGAUGUACUGUACUACUAUUAAACCUUUUCCUGCAACCACAGUAGCUCUGACACAUCGAUGGUAAAAGCAGAUAUAAAUUAUGUAUGAAAGGAUUAAAUCUAAACUGAGUUGACUCAAUAAUGAUAAUGGUGAUGAUGAUGAUGAUGAUGAUGAUGAUGAUGAACAUGAUGAUGAUAAUAAUAAUAAUAAUAAUAAUAAUAAUAAUAAUAAUAAUGGUAAUAAUAAUGAUAAUAACAGCAACUGGAUCAGUUGGGUAUGUUCUUUUUUGCAUGUUGCAGAAAUGGUUCCCUUAUAGGGACUGCCCAAUCGAAUACACUGUAUUUAGAGAAGGAUCCUAAGAAUCUGAUGUUGUAGGAUGUUACUUGGUUAGUGGAUGACAAGAACAAAUGGUUUGAGAAAAUAUUAUAGCAAUGACAUCAUACAUGUAAGAAUUUAUAGUGCAAAGUGUUGAACACUUUUUGGUCAAAAAUGGUGUAUUUUCUGUUAUCUGUAAGAUUGUGAACAAUAGCUAUUAUUGUAUAGUACAUAUGAAGAAAAUAUGAACUGUGGGAAUAUAUAAGUAAAUGAAGAUAUGAUGUAGAACUUUGUAAUUGCAAUCUAAGCAGUAUUGGUAUUACAAAUACACUGACACUGUACAUGUAGUUGUCAACCUGCUUUUGCUGCUUUCCUUUAGCACUUGCAAACUUACGUCAAUGGCCUCUCUUGCCAUUCCUUCAAAUUUUCUUGAAGAACUUGAGUGAAUGCAAAACCACUCAUAAUUCCUUUCGGGAUUGUCACAUGAACAUUCUAACAACUUUUUUUCUCAAAAUAGCUGUAUAUAUGAAGACCUAUGUACCGUAUUUAUUCAAGUAAGCGCCCAACCUCGAAUUAGCGCCCACCUCGAAUAAGCGCCCAGGCUCGAAUAAGCACCCACCCCAACCCCACCCCCUUUCACCUCCCAGCCAAAAGAAAUUGAAUAAGUACUAAUAAGAGACUUCGCCAAAGACGGAGGUUUCUGCAGAGUAUUUUACAGAAACCUUGCUUUGUUAAAUCUUCGAGUUUUGUUAUUACCAUUUAUUGUUUUGUUGCAAAGUAAACAUACUACACUUUUUGAAAUUGUCAAAAUUAAUAAGCACCCAGCCUCUAAUAAGGGCCCAUCUUGAAUAAGCGCCCCCUCUCAAGGUCCAAAAAUUUAAUAAAUGCCCAGGGCGGGUAAUCGAAUAAAUACAGUAUUAGGAGCAGACCAAUUUGUGGAGUUCAUCUCAACUCAACUGAAAGGAAUGAAGCUUAGAAUGAAGAUAAUAUGAACAUAUAGGAAUAUUGUUGUGGUGCAUUGACGUACAUGUAUCUAUCCUUUAUGAUUUUACGUAUGUUUUGGUAGAGUGCAUUAGAUCAUAUUUAAAUGUUAUUUUUGUGAUUUGCAAAUAAUGAAUUAUUAUUAUUAUUAUUAUAACAUUGAAUUUUUUUAAUAACUAUUUUCAGAAAGUUUCUUGGGGAAUCAUGCUUACAUAGUAGAGAAAGAAAAAAUGUUCCAUCAUCACAUAAUUUCAUUGUUUAUAUUUUCACAGUGUCGAUAGCUGGAUGUCAACCAAUAGGUGCACGAGAAUUUCUUUAAAUUUUGAUGGUAAUAAUAACAGAUUACGUGGUUCCAGAAGGUGGUUUUUUGUGUACAAAUGUAAAACCUUGUACAGCAAGUAAAACAAUGAUUUAUUUAAACUUAAAGUAUUCUUCUAGCAUGAAAUAAAGACAAAUUAUUCAGCUUGAGCUGCUGUGUUAUAGAUGUAUAUUUAGUCAGUGGAGAUUGUCUGAGAUCUGUGCCUUGAUUAGUUGCUUGUACAAAUGACAUGUUUAUUAGCAACAUCAUUUAAUGAUCAGAAAUAAUGAGUUUAAAUGUUCUGAGAAUGAUUAAUAUUUAAAAACCAUUAAGUGACCCAAUGAGGCCAUUUUUGUAAUGUAUUUGUAAAGUAGAAUUGAAUAACUUUGUCUCCUUAGAUGUAAACAAUCUAUUGAUGGAAGUGUUUUAUAUUAAGUAGUCUGGAAUCCUUGUGGGAAAUCAAAUAAAUUUGCUUUUAUGAUUUUAUCUUUUAUGUCCUUUGUAAGUUAAGCAAAACCACACUGAGUAUAAACUAAUCAGCUUAUAAACAUCUGCAAAAGAAACGAAAACUUGAUUCAAACCGUUGCAAUCCAUUUGCCGACAUUUUUAUGCUGUUUAGUGCAAUAUAAUUUAUUACCAGGUUAAAGUUUCACACUUCCUUGUUCAUAUUGUGUGUGCAGUGUAGGUAUUUAAUUUGGAUAAUCUGUGCACUUUGAGAUUCAUACCGUGAUAUGAUUGGCUAGGAAAUUAAUUUGCAAUGAAUUCAAUUAUCAGGUAAAGAAACAUAACUCUGUUUCAUUUGUGUUGCAGUGAUUAGAGCUACUUUACCUCUUUGUAUGCAACAUUUGUGAACUGAUUUUCUUGUUUAAGACCUUAUGGACUUCUACAGCAUUUAUGUAAGUCUUGAAGUGAAGUAUGCUAUGAACAUUUGGCAUUACUUUUCCAAUUCUUCCAGGAUUGCAUUGUGUUGAACAUUUUAAGAUAACCCUUAGCGUUACAUUUUUAGCAUGUUUUAAUAUGAAUUUAUUUUAAUGACUGGUUUUGGUUGACCAUGUUCUAUAAAAUAUGUGAUUUUUUUGUUACCUUAUUUCAAGUUUUCUGUGGAGGAAAGAUUAUCAAAGCAGUGAUUUUAUUGAGCUAUUACAUUGGUAAACUGUAAAAUUUUUUCCUAUCCCAACAUUCAUAAAUUUUGUAUUUGGAUCACCCAUUAAUUUUUAUAAAAAUAUCUUAUGAAUUAAACAAAAAGGAAGAAAAAUGUAGUAUAGCUAUAGCUAAAAAUACAUGUUUUACUUCUUUUCAUUUAAUUUGUGGCGUUAAUAAAUAAUAUUGUGGUACUUUUGGUUGAGAAUCUUCCUUCCAAAAUAAUUCAGUAUGAUUAUUUUCAAAGCUAUCUUUCGUUUUGUUUUAACGAAAAAGAAUAUUGGUUAUUUCUAUAUUUUCUAAACUUGUUAUGUGUUAUCGCUCAUUUUGAAAGAAUUGUUUUGUAACAGGUAUAAUUCUCAAAUUUAUUUGAAAAUGUGUCAAUACAAAAGCUAAUCAUUUUUUUAAUGUAUGAUAUAUUUCAUACAACUGUACUUUGAUUUUGAGUGUUGUUUUCUAUUUGGGUGCAGAGGUCUGUUUUUUGAGGCAGCCCCUGCAAUCAAGGCAUAUUACUACAUGUAGCUGGGUUUUACCAAAGUAUACAAAUAUAAAUCUGAAUAUAAAUCUGCUGGGCAUAUCAGAACAUUUUCCUGAAGAAUCAGCCAAGCCAGGUCUGCAUAAAGGUUGUGGGUAAAAUGCAUUUCCAGGUUAUACCUGUCCAGUAUUCAACCAACAACUCGCGACAAAAUUAGUUGAGACUAUUUUCCCUGAAGUGCCCCUCUGAAGAUUUGCAAGUUACAAAGGGGAAAUAUAGCUUUACUUCCCCCUAGAUGCACUGUUGUGCUGCUGUUUGAGCUACCUGUAAAAAAACAUUUAAGACCGCAACUUUGAAUGGAGGGGAGGAUUGUGGAUUGUUUUGUUCUCCAAAUUUACCUCAGAUGAGGACAAUGUCUCAACAAUUUUGUCACCAAUUGAAGGUUGAUUCAGAAGCUCCUUUGUUUCUUUUUUCCUUAUUGUAGGGAGAAAGAAAAUUCUGGUUCAACGUGAGGGCAGAUUACCUUCAACAUUAGAUACACAAUCCUCCAGUUGCUAUAAAUCUAGUUCUUUUUCUGCACAAGGAAAAAAAAAUCCUUUUUUCAUAAAAAUGUUUGAUAAGAUUUACAAGUAAAAUAAUUUUAGGUUUUUAGACUAAGCUUACUUUCAAGAGAACUUGAAUGAUUUGUUUUAUGUUGAUACAGAGGGAUAUUUUAAAUGCUGAAGCUAAGAUUGGAUAGAUGAAAGCAUUGUGUAUUUAUUCUUUAUUUUUCCCUGUGCUGUGAUAUGUAAGGAAAGAAAUGUUGAAAGGCAAAAUAAUUUUUUUGUACUGUCUGAAGAGGAGUGAAAGCUUUUUUCCAUUUUGUUUUUCUCUCUGAGAUAGUUCUCUUGAGAUCUUAUCUGACUUGCUUAAGACCUCAUUAACAUGAAUCAGUGUUUAAUUGAUUGGUGAUAAUGUCUCCAUCCUGAUGAUUGUAAAACCUUGAAGUUACGGAUUCUAAUUAAGGACUGACACUUGAAAAUACAAAAUAUGUUGUUUAAAUUCAUUGUUGAUAAUAGUAAACUUUCGUUAUGUCAGAACUGAGGGCAUUUCAUGUUAAUAAGAUGUUGUGUGAAUUCUCUCAACUUGUUCAGGAUUAUGUUAUUUGUUUUGGUAUGAGAAUUUGUAUUUUGAUUAUAUUUAAUCCUUGUUUUUCUGUUCUGAAAGAUACGUGUGGAUUGGAUUUUCUUUUAGCUACAGAUACUGCGCAAUUAUUAUUGUAUAUUUUAAGUCGAUCCUUGUAUUCUGAUAUUCUGUUUUCUGACUGAUUCGAGAAUGGAGUUUAUGUGAAACAGGAAAAUGUUAAUGUUUUACCAUGUUAUGUCUAAGAUCCUGUGUUUUGUUAAUGAACCAUAAAUCUUAAAGUGUUAGCAGCUGGUAGGGCACUAGUAGUAAAUUAUUAAGACAUUGUGAGGGACUACAUUACAGAGAGUUUGGCAGCUAUUCUAACUACAUUUACAUGCAGGGAUCAGGGCGAAAACUCAGGAUUUAUAUCAUGGAGGUAUAGCUUCUUUAUGUUAACCUGUGUUUGUAACCUUUUUUGACGUAAUAAUGUUGCUUUCAAAGGGAUCUGGCUGCCAUUGUAACUUUAAUCUGUUGAAAGCCUUUGUUUGAGCUUGUCUGUAUUCAAAAGAUUUUAUUUUGAUUCCUUCAAAUGGAAUGUGACAGGUUAGAGUAGGCUAACUUUGUGUUUAUGUUAAGCAGUAAGACUAACUGUAUGUGCCCUGGGGCAGCACCUUGUUUUGAGUCAAAAUAUGUGUAAGGUUGAGACCAGACUUUCUCCUAGCAAAAAUAUUUUUCGUGUUUGAGUACAAUGUCCAUUAAAAAAUAUUUGAGGGUUCUAUAUUAUCUGGUCUGAGAAACUUUCAUUACUGUUGGCAGAAUUACUUUAAUUCUUGAGUAAACUUUAUGUGAUUCAUCAGUAUGACUUAGCUAUAUCAAAUGGGCUAUAGGUUCAUUGUAUAUGAUUGUCUUUCAGUAGAAUGAAUAUACACCUGUAUUUCUUUAUUAUAAAUGCAAGAGAACACUGCUAUUAUCAUUGGUAAAUGAGACCUCUGUGGUCACACAAUGUAGUUAUUUUUCACCACAGUAAUUUUUAGAUUUUAAAUGGAAGUGUAUAUUUGUUUGGUUUUUUUCUUUUCACACUAAAAUUUUUGAAGGAGUUUUUUCGGUAAUUGGGUUAAUGGUACCAAUUACUGACCUAAUAAGUGACACCUUGGGCAGGUUUUUUGUGAGUUUACUGGUAUUCUACCUGUUUAAUUGUAUUGACAUGUGUAAGCUACAAUUGUUUUUGGCACAAAAGGUUGAAAGCAGUUUAUUAAUUAUGUAUUAAGUUGUGAGGUCUCAUGGAAAGGUGUCUAACUUACAUUAUUUUUUCUUGUUUGGAAUAUUUGAAUGUUUAGUCUUUGGUAAAUUAAAAAUAUAACAUUGUUACCACAAAAUGAUACACAGUAUACAUGUAUUUGUUGUCAACUUCUGUUUUGGAUUUUUGGUUUCUAAUAAUUGCAGAAAAUAAUAAUUUAUAGCUUUCGUGAAGGUCCUAAAAUUUUUAAGACAAAGCACAUAAAUUGAUAUUUUUUUGUGCUUGCCACUGUCUAUAGAGGACCAAGGAAAAUCACUUUGUUUAUGAGUGUGGAUAGAAUUUUUCCUGGAGUUUACUGUUGAAAAUGUGGUCUGUUCGUAUUCAAAAAUUUCAGACAGGUUCCAGAUAGGUCAGUGUUAGUGUAACUGAAGGUGUUCAUUUUGUUUUAAAUGCCAAUCCUUAUUUGCUAUGGAACAUGAGAAGUUACUCGUGAAUGAUAAAAUCACAGCUUCAUGUCAAACAAGUAUGUCUCCCAAGCAUCAUAAUUUAUCAAACUUUACAAGCCGAAAAAAAAAAUGAACUUUGAAAAAAACUGUGAGACUAAUAAGUUUUCAAGAAACACAGUAUUAUUGCAAUCCGUUUCAGUCACAGCUUUGUCCAUCCAUGGCUCUUUUUGUGCUGGUUGCAUUAUUUGUACCUUCUUUUCAUGUUUGCGCGCUUACUUUUAUGUCUCACCCAGUUUGAUGGUGGCUUCCACUGUUUAAGUUUUGAUAAUUUCAUGACACAGCUCCUGUAACAUCUAAUGGCCUGAUGUCUGAAAAUUUCCUCCACAUUGUGUCUUUGCACCCAGGUGUGAAAAUAAUAUUGUGUUGUUUUCUUAGACAGGAAAAUUUGCUCCACUUUGUCUCUUUAAGCCCUGUAAGUAGAGAUAGGGAGUCCAAGAAAUACAUGUAGUGUCUCCUUCUUUGAAUUUAUUUUUUCAUCUUUGUUUGAUUAUCAUGAUUGUACUGUGCAUUGUAACAGGUCAGCAAUGGUGUUCAGUACACUCAGCCACUCCCUGUUCAACCCUACACAGAGGUUACGUUACCACCGUCCAUAGACACAACGCAACAGCUACAGUUGCAGACUCAUCAGCUUCAGCAGGCUGGAACUGACUUGCUUGUACAGAAUGGCGACACCGGACCAAAGAGACUUCAUGUCACUAACAUCCCAUUCCGAUUCAGGGAUCAUGAUCUUGUUCAAAUGUUUGGGGUGAGUUUUGAUGAUGACGAUGAUGAUGAUGAUUAUGACAAUUAUGAGCGCUUUAUUUAUUAAAGGUUCCAGGCAGUAACAUACCCUGUACAGACCUUUCUGUGUUAUUUUGCAAAGUCUUCAUUAGUAAACUGAAAUUUUACUUGAUAUGGGCUUCAUAUUUCUAGGGAAAGGUUAUUGUUCUGUCCCCGGUUGUUCAAAUGUUGGAUAGUGUUAUCCACCAGUGAUAAAUCACUAUCCAGUGGAUAAGUAUUAGGAAAACCAGUUGCGUUAUUGACUGGAUAGAUUUUUAUCUGAUGGAUAGCGCUAUCCAACGUUUUAACAACCAGGGCCAGAAGGUUUUUCUUUUUUCACAAAUUGCAUUUAGUUUCUUGGUGUCACCAGGGCUUGAAAAAAAGUCCCAUCCAGCAGUCUGGGACAAGUAGAUUGUCUUGCUGGGCAAGCAACUUUUAAAGCUUCCUUGCCUGAUAAGGAAGGGUCCAUUUUAAAGCUUCCUUGCCUGAUAAGCAAGGGUCCAGGAAAGUCAUCAUCCAACUAAAUCAUUAGCUAAGACAGGCAAGAAGUUGCCCCAGAUUAGCAAAAUGCAAGAACCACUGGCCCAAAGGACGUGCUGGAAUUCAAGUGUUUUAUGCAAGUCCUGUGGGGUUGCAGGUGUUUUGAUCUUCUUAUGUCAUAACACAAAAGAUAGAAUAGAGACUGGACAAUACUCACCCCACAACUGCAUAGUCAACCAACAAUAGAUGGUUUUCACAGUGACGUCAUGAAAUGGUAAAGUCAAAAUAGAGAGGUUUUACUGAUUCUUAUUAUUUACACUAGGUUGAAGAUAAACAAAAAAUAAAUCUUUGUGCAAGUUUCCAGUCCCGUAGUAUGUUUCAUUUCGAAAAUACAGCAAAUUUGAACUUCCCAGUUUUCACAGUGCGUGACACCAAAAUAGGAAUGCUAUCUCAUUGAAAAAAAGUCUCUCCUAGCUUGAUUUUCAGCAGUAUAACCAUUUCUAGUAUUAGAAGAUGUGUUUAUGUGCAUGUAUGCCAGUUCUCAAGUGAAAAGAACGAUCUAUAGUUUCCCCAGCACCAAGAAGCACCCCAAAUUGUUGUUAUUGGUAUUUAGUACUGGUACUGUACACGCUUAAUAAAAUAUCUUCCAAGUGAAAAACUUUGUCAAAGUAGAGCACUACUCGUACAUCGAGUGCAGCCUGGUCCCAAUUUGAAGGUGUCGCGUUGCUAUGUUGACUACUUGUUUCCCCAAAUGUGUGUACACCCACUGUUCUACGUAGAGUUUUUUCGAAAAAGCCACCAGGCAACAAGGCUUUUAACGUAAUGCUAAUGGGUGCUUCAUAAAAAAUAGAAUUCUUGUAAUUACAUCAUGGGGUUGAUUUGACCUUUUGUAACACUUUUUUAUUUCAAUCUCUUGCAGCAAUUUGGAAGUUUAGCAGAUUGUGAAAUCAUUUACAAUGAACGAGGAUCAAAGGUAAAUUUUAUUUUUCAAGGCUUGCCUUUCCUUCAAAUGGACAUCCUGAUGACAGACCUAGGUAAUCUGAUUAUAGAGGUGUCCAAGAGUGAUCUGAUUAUAGCGUCCAAGUGGUCUGAUGAUAGAGUUGUCCAUUAUAGAGUUGUUACUGGAGGGAAAGAAAGAUGGGAAAAGAGAAAGGGGAAGACUGAAAAGGCAGUGGGAAAGGGACGUACAGGAUAUUUUCGAUAUGUCUGUAACAGAAGUUGGAAGAUUGGCAAUUAACAGAAAAUGUUUACGUGGCGUGGUCAAGGAUGCAACGUGUCCUAUAGGGAUAAGCAGUCAGCAGUCAGCAGUCAGCAGUCGAAUAGAACUGUCUGACCUUAAAGAGAGGUUCAGUAUUGGUGAGAUUUAGAAUGCCGUUUACGGCAAACUGCAAACGCCAAUUUGUACCACGUGACCAAGGUCUCCCUUUACUAGUCGUUUGCUGUGCAUUAUUUGUACCCAAAGCCAUAAACGUGUAUUAAUGAUGAUAUCACAGCAUUCUUUGAUUGUUUUUAAAGGUUUUGGUAGUUGAUAAUUUGGGCUUGAGUCUGAAAAAAGGGUUGAUUAUGUGAAGAGACUAGUGAUCACGAAACCAAUAGACCUCUUUUACGUGAAUGUUUUUUAUUCAGUGUAGGUCACGUGAUAAUACUCUAGUGAAGCGUUUCCUUUAAAUUUCAACUUAUUCAUGAGCGUGUGUAUGCAUAAUUAUUAAUGAAAAGACAAAGGAUGAAUUUCCAUGAGAACGUCACAUGACCUUCAUUUGGAAAUUAAAACAUACAGGCCAAAGAGUAGCCUGUACACAGACGUUGUUUUAGGGCCUGUUUACAUGGAGGUGGGGGACCCAGGUAGGUGAGGUAAAAUAUGGCGGGUCACCCCACCUAUCUUGUAAACGUGAUCAAAUCAAAUGAGAGAUGAGAGAUUGUAUAGAGAAACGGGUUACCCCACCUAAACGGGUUACCUCACCUACCUGGGGUCCCCCAUCUCCAUGUAAACAGGCCCUUAUUUUUCUUUACGUUCUUUUCGAAAACAUUGGCGAGCACUCGGGCGAAGCGAACGCGCGAGAAAGAAAAAUAAAGAACGUCUAUUUUCUUCUUCUCCCAUCUCUACCUCCUUGCGCUGGCGGUCAAUGAACCCCCCGGUUUUUUAUUUUUUAUCACGCGCGCUCGACGGACUUUGAAGAGAAAAUAGAGGGUCUGUGAAGAGGCUAGCUAAAGAGGACCAUCAGAUAUACUCAUAACAUUUUACGCUAGUUACAAAUUCAAAUGUAUGCCUAAUGUUGUUGUUGUCCUAGGGAUUCGGCUUUGUUACGUUUGUGAGUUCUGCGGAUGCAAUGAAAGCAAGAGAAAAGUUAAAUGGAACUGUGGUUGAUGGAAGAAAAAUUGAGGUAUUAGAACUAUAUCAGGCAUUUGUUUUUCUUUGCAAGUUACUUUCUUUUCGGUGUUGUUUUCUCGUUUGUUAAUAGAAACAACUGAUGUGAGCCCGUGACAAAAGGGUGUAUAACUUGAGAAAAUUUUGCCCUCAACCUCUCCUAUCGAUUUCUAUGACAAGAAACCUGCGGUUAUAUUUAAACUUGGUGGUCGUUGUUUUGGACUGAGUGAUACUCCACCUUCACAACCAAUACACUUAAAAUACUAAUCCUAUUCAUCGGUGAAGAUUUUAAAUAAGGAAAUUCGUUAAUGUAAAAACUCCUCAAGUUACUUUCGCGUAGUUUUACGAAUAGUCCAUUUUACAGUUACAGGUGGAUUUGAGGCUUGUGUUGACGUUUUUUUUAUAUAACCCUUCCUACUUUAUUAUGUAAAUCAUGUCUUUCUUAUCCUACUGUGUGUAACUAGUGUUUUUUUAGCCAUGAUUUCCAUGCCCAAAGGAAGAAGGUUUGUUUCAAAACAAGGUCAACCUCAGCCUCACGUUCACUCAAAGGCUACGUUACUAAGCCCACAACUUUAAAAUGGUCUAUUGUCGUUUAUAGAAUUGUAAAAAUUAUUUCCAAGUUUGAAGAAUUAUGGUUAAGAUCACAUUUAGGUGGUAGCGAAAAUAUCGAGCAAAGCUUUCGCCUUUUGCCUUGAAUCAGGAACUGUUUGACGUCUUUCGCUUUCAGAAAAUUUUCAGGGCAAGAUUCGUUACACCCAUUUUUCAUUGAGCUCUGUAUUGUGCUUUGACUUAACGCUAAGCUGUUUGAGCAAAUCACAAUACACAGUAGAGAAAGAUUUCGUACGACCUUGGAAUGAUAACGCUGGAACGCAGCUAAAACAACAAUCUGAUUGGUUUAGGUUAAACGCGUACGGCCUGAGAUUGGCGUUUCGAACGGAGGCAAACUCUGACGUGUUCCUUUUUCAGAUUACCCGGCAACGGAAGAAAAAUUUGCGCUACUUGUGAUUGGCUCAGCAAACAGAAGCGAACACUUGCUGCUUGUGAUUGGCUUAGCAAAAGGGAGCAAGCGCGCGCUGCUCUUCAUUGGUUUAGCAAAUGGAAGCAAACACGUGCUGCUUGUGAUUGGCUUAGCUGCAAGAGAGAAAAUCGUGUUGUUUGUGAUUGGUUUAGUGUUAUCAUCCUUCUGAUGUGUUUUAUUUUUCCAUGGACGAAAUAUUUUUAAGCCCAAAACGAGCGAAGUACCAACAAGUUAGACUGUUGUUCAGGCUCAUGCGAAACAUAAGUCGCCCUCUUACCGCAUGUGUUGCAUGAUUUUCACAUUGACACUGAUAAUUUCUCACUUAGGUUAACAAUGCAACCCCUCGUCCGCACGCCAAAAAAAGUCCGGGCCAAAAUCGAGGACCCUAUACCAAUGGUACAGCAUGCUUUGUUCCUACCCCUUGUCAUUUUGUUGAUCUCUAGCGGCAUGUACUGUGUGUAAGAGAAUGCAUGUGUCCGCCAUUUAUUAUGACUGAUCUUACAGAUAAGUAUUGUGUCCAGCUUGUAACUGAAUUGUUUUUUAAGUGAUUUUGUUUAAUGGUUAUAAUUAGCAUUGUUUGUUCCAGUGUUUGAAUUAAAGGUUAGCUAUAGUGGCUCUGGAACAAUAAAGUUAAACGUCAUGUCUGCCUUCAAGCAUAGCUCAAAAUGUCCUCCAAACUCUCCUUAAAUUCUAACUAAAAAUAUGAACUAUCUCUUUGCUUAUAAAUGAAUUUAAAUUUAAUUUAUUUUGCAUUUAAUACACGCAGUUCUUACCAUAAUACACAAUGGUCUCAAAAUGUAGUUUACUCAACAGUAAAAUAACAUGCGUUUCUUUUUUCUCCUUUGGAUAUAACUUUCUGAAAUUUUUGCUAAUAAGGUGCUCGGCUCGCGACUGACAUAAUAUUGUAUCUAAGUUUUGGGUGGUAAAAAAUUAUUGGUUAUUUUUACGUUAAAUUAUUUAGCAAGCGAAUCAUUCUGUGCAUUCAAAAAAAGAAGAUAAAAAAAUUCAAAAUCCCUAGCUUUAUGGCAUAUUUCAUUUUUCCAUUUUUAUUUCGUGACUCCCGUCGGUGCUGCCUGGUUUUCGAAGACCGUUGAUGGCAUUUGUCAUCAUCUGCAAACUUUUGAUAGUAAGUCUCGAUACUUCAAGCUAGUGCACAUUUUCAAGUUCUCUCCAGUAAAUUACGUACCGUUGAAAUAAACUCUAGUGUAACAUAUAUUCGUAAGGAAUUAACAGUGAUACUAUAACUACUUUAAAAUCUCGUUCAUCUUUCAAGCUGUCGUUACCGUUAAAUUUCCCAGAUUGAUUUAAUUGAAAUGCUUAACCGUUUAUAUUUCAGGCACCGCUUUUCGUGGAAUGAGAGGAGUUCGAAGAGCUUCUCCCGUGAACAAGUUUAGUACACGGACAAUUCAGCCGCCACAGGUGUCGGCAUAUAAUGGCGCUUACUCCGGGUAAGAUAAGCGAGCUCCCUUUACAGUUCUUGCCACUACGACGGAUCCAACAUGUUUGCCCAAGGGGCCGAGCCCAUAGACUGCGAGCAGUCUCUUAUUUUUCUUUGCAAUUUUACUGCACACGAAACCUAGGCACGCGAGCAGCAAAGCCGCGAGAGGGCGUAAGCCCAGAAGAAAAAAUAAGAUCCGUCUUUUCUCGUCUCGUCUCAAUCCCUUAUUGUAAUAAUAACAUCGUGGUUUGCAAUCGCGCUGGAUGAGAUAAGAACUAGACGGAUUUUUAAGAGAAAAGGCGGACUGCAAGCAGUCUACCGAGCCCAGGGCUGUCUCUAGUAGCUGGCUACUGGAGUAGAAUCAGCCGGCUAAUGUAAGUUUGAAAUUGAGCCAAAUGAAACAAAUAUAGGAAGAUUAGUGGGAGAAGUAACCAGCUUCUUUACCAAGUGUUGAGAACCCGUCUGUCCACACUUGGUGCCCGUGUACUAGUGCCUGGGUAUCGGCCCUAAAUGAUGUUGUGUUUAUCCUUGUGUACCUGAUAUGUAACCGAGGAUGUAUUUGCUAUAUUUCGCUCUGUUUUUCACUUUGAAACAUGAGUUUAGCAGGGAAGAACAAAGUAGUGAUUGCCCUAGAACUAAGAGAAAACCUGUGCACACAGGUACCCGGGGCCCCCUUUAGUGCCCAAGUACAAGGUUUCAGCCAGCACUGUACCCGGCCACACUGCCUUGAGGGUUUGUUUACUCUCGGUGCCCGAGCACCAGUGCCUGGUUACCGGCACAAAAUGGUGUUGUGUUCACACCUUAGAGUACCCGAUAAGUAACUGGGUACCUUAUUUAGCCCCUUUCGCCCUGUCAUAUUCCAUUUUGAAACUUGAACUUAACAUGGAGUACAAAGCAGUGAAUUGCCCCAGCAAUGUGCGCACAGUGAUCCGGUGCUCACUUUCGUGUCCUGGUGCAAGGUCUCCAAAUCUAAAUAGACCAUUUUACAGUUGUGGACUUGGUACCCUUGCCUUCGAGUGAAUGCGAGGCUGACGGUGACCUUGUUUUGAUACAAACCUCCUUUGCUUUGUUAUGGAAAUUGUCCUUGAAAAAUACUAGUUAGUAUAAGAAUAACUUGUUUUACAUAAUAAAGCAGGAAGGUUUGUAUCAAAACAAGGUCACCCUCAGCCUCGCUUUUAUCCGUAACUGUAAAAUGGCCUAUUAGUGCAAGAAUGAAUAGAUUUACUAACGCUGUCCACUGGAUGUUUCUCAGCCUCGCUUUUAUCCGUAACUGUAAAAUGGCCUAUUAGUGCAAGAAUGAAUAGAUUUACUAACGCUGUCCACUGGAUGGUUCUCUAUCCACUAGACAGCGCAAUUGGUGUCCCUAAUAUUUAUAUGUUGGAUAGUGAUUUUUUUUUUUUGGUGAUAGUGAUUGAUAGCGCUAUUCAACGUUUGAACACUUUUUAAACCGUACAAUAAACGCAUAGUUUGUCCUUUAGCAAAUCUAAAUGUAGCUUGCGUUUAUCCGCCACCUCUCACAGGCGUAUCUAAAACAACUGACUGCGCCUCGUGUUUUGUACUUAAUAAAACACUCCCCCUCAUUUUUUUUAGCAAUACGUAACACGUUGCUUACCUCCUUCAAAAAGUUAAGUUCUAGUACAAUUCAACAAAAGCGCCUUUGGUUCGUGGUUGUUGUUGUGGUUGUUGUUGCAAUUUUUGAUAAAAGGACAAGAUUUCUUAACUUAAGAAAGUGGAGCCGGGCGAAGUCGAGUGGUUUAGGAGUUCAUGAGUUACAAACUGUUAUGGUUUUGAACGACUUAUCUCUACAGAAAAGAUGUAGUUAUUUUGUAAAACUGCAGCAAAAACGUAUAAAGUAUUAAUAGAGUGUUCACGUGUUAAAAUUUUUUGAUUGAGUGUAUGUUCUUUUUUUCAGCAGUUACGACGGAUAUGAUCAGGUAUGAGUGGCAUUUGUCUUUUUGCGCAAUUUAUUUGUACUUUUUUUUCUCCAAUAUGAGUCAUUCUAUCUCAAUCUUCAAACCUGCUUGUAAUAGAAUCGCUUUGUUCUACUUUUUGUUUUCAGACAUACGGUGCCAGAAGAAUAGGAGGUUUCACGGGGUAAGGAAAUCUGGUGUACCAGUAUAAUGUCUUCUUUCCAGCGCGAACAAUUAAAACCAAUCAGAUACUCCUGGAAAAAAGGAGCCUCAAAAUCAAAUAAGGAGACCUCUCACCGGCUCAGAAGUGAAGAACUAACGUAGGCCAAUCCCGUUAGAAACACUUUUGCAUUUGUUUUUUACCAUCACAGCAGCGACCACAACACAAACUUGAAAAGCGCUAGACACCUCGUGGUUUUCUCUAUGCUUGGAUCGGUUUGCUAACUUUUGUAUUAAAUUAUCUGUUUUCAUCAACAGAUACGAAACAGCAGCCUAUGGAGGUGGAUAUGGCCCGGUAAUGGCUUACUUUUUUGGAUAAUUGUUUGUGUUGCAUCACUGCACCAUGUCAUUGGCUAAAAAUCACGCAGGCUGUCUAGUAAUCUUAUUAUGUUAUUUGUGUUUUGGGAUUCCAGUAAUGGUUCCUGUUCGAUCCACUUUCCCUGUACUGAAUCUCAUUGUUUCACUUUUUCACAGGCAAGCACUUAUGUUGCUCCUGCGCCAGCAUACCGGCCAGCGGUUCCUCCACAGGCUCCUCCAACAGGUUACAGUACAGGAUACAGAUACGCGCCAUAUUAAAUUACUUCCGGUUAAUGGCACAUACGUACACGUUGCACAAUAACAUCCAGGACAGAGACACAAGUAAUCGAGGUCUAAAGUUCGCCGAAUCCGUGAAAGCGAACCCUUGAUUCGAUCAUUGUGAAUAUAUGAAUUAUGUAAAUAGUAGGUAUUUGGCUGAAUUCUUUCAGGAAAUUUGAGCGGAAAGUAGGAGUUGUAGAAAGUGAAUAGAGAUGAUUCAUCAUCGCAGAAACCAGUAAGCUUGAGUCACGGUUGAGGCUCAUUAAGGAAAGAGACGAAAAAGAAGUCUUUUAGACUCUUGAAAUCAACCGUUAUCUUUUUACUGAAGUACAAAGAAUAAAUAAUUGAGUUGCACUUCACGUGUUCAUUUUUUCGCUCAGGACGCUCCUUAAGUUAGCUUUACUACCUAAACAAGACGCUGUGGGAGCGUAUAAUUGGGCAUUGUUGUACUAGGCGUAAGUCAUGUUUUCUACGUUUAUUAGGGAUGUGUGAGUAGUGCAGUAGCGUUGUACAUUUUAGGGGUUGGUUAAGAUACGUGAAUUGGAAGGCGUGGAGUUAUCUUGGACGUGGAUUAGUAAGAUAGUGGCUGUAGUUUGUUAAUCAGUGAAACUGGUUUCUCUUAAAAAUUGAUAUGAAGUAACAAAAAAUACUGUUUAUGGAAGGUAAAAGUGAUUUUAAGUGUUUCAGUGAGGUAGUUGUGGAAGCGCUAAAGUGAACGUUCGUGAACUAGCCUGUUUACAGCUGCCCCUUCCUCUCAAAAAAAAUCGAGGAGGCUCUCUCGCCCCUCUCCACGAUUUUUUUAGAGAAGGGGGCGGCUUUAAAGAGGCCAGACAGUAACUUGAGGGAAUUUUUUGAAGCUGUAUAAGGAAAACGUUUGUUUUCUCACUAAAUAACGUACGUAAUUCGUUGGUGGUUUAGUGUUGUCGUAGGGCUUGUCAGUCGCUCUUAGCGUAGGAUAAUUACCUGAGAAAACAGCCGAAAUUUUAUAAGUGGCGCCACCACUGGUUUCCCUGCGAAAUGACGUCAGAGGAACGAGCGCAGAAAUCUCCCAGUUCUCUGUGUAGUGACACGUCAUCCGUAUGGAACUUCUGCGCUCUUUUCGCUGGGAAAGCAGUGGUGACGUCGCGAAAUGUCAGCUUUUUUUCAGGCUACAUGAAGCAGAGACACUUGAAAUGUGUCUUUUUCUUUUAUUUGGGAACCUUCACAGUUUAAAGCAAACUGACCUCAACUUGUUAAGUUUUAUUUCAUAUCAACUGAUCAUGUGUAGUAGCUUAAUCAUUGACAAGAUUGCUCGCGU